UGUCUUUGGAAUAGCCGACUUUGCUGCAGCAUCUGUUUCGGCAGUAGUGUUUACUGAUGUGUUUUGCGGUGAUGGAUUCCAGCGCCUCGUUGGUAUUCCAGCCGUGCAGCGGCGCUCGCGCAGGCAUUUGGAACGAGGCGAGGCUUUGUGGCGUCAGACAUUGCGAUCAGCGCGCACGGUUCAAACGAGGACACGAGCGAGGGCGAAAGAAGAGUGAGUGAGGCAGAGAGGGAGGGCAGGGACGCUAAGGGAGAGAACUGCAGCAGCCGCUCUCCCCCCUCUGUGAACGCCGCUGAAAUUUAAUUGAUUUACACCUAGUCAUUUUCCAGUAUUCGCCAGUGACGUGGCCACAAACGACGGCCCUGACUCUGACUCAGCCCUGCGUCGCUGUGAAACUUCAGGACACACUGGAGGGAGACUGACGUACAUGUUCGUUGGCCGCGCGAUGCGCACGCGCAGAACCAGGGCUGCUCCUGUUUGAAUUUAAAUUCCUGUUAAAUAGUUCAGCCGAAGAUUCUGGUGUUUCCAUCAUACCAUAUCUUUUUCCCCAGAGAGAUAAUGUUAAAGGACUUUGUUCUGAGUGUUUUUUAUAAACGGGUGGCUUGAUAGAGGCAAGCGCUACACUAAACUCUUCAGAUUAACGAUUUUAUCACCGAUAUUAAGCCCCCUAAUACUGUAUGUAAGUAAAUAAAUACCGAGCAUAUGUUUCCAUGUUUAUGGUUAUUGGUGUCUGUUAUUUACACGAGACACCUGUUGAAAAUACAUUCUACUGAACUUAGUUGGUCUAUUUCCCAUGUUAGUUUUUUAGUGGCUGUCUCAUGGGGUCACACCCCUUUGUUUUGUGUGUGAGUGUGCGCGCGCGCGGGCAUAUAAAGAGGGGGUCGGUAAGAACGCACAUACCGCUAGGCUAGCACAGAGCGAAUGUCCUGCCGAGCCUCUCCUCGCAGGGCCCUGGAGCUAUGUAAAGGCUCAACAGGGGAGACAUGGCGGCCUGUAGUAGUGGCGGACUAAGGCGCCUUCUCCCCAGGGCCUUCAUGCUCGCUCUGUCGCUGUUACUGCUUCUCCAACUUCUGGUCAGUAUGAUCGUGCAGCGCACUUCGACGGGACCAGGUGAGCAGCCCGUCUUCACAGUCAUCAAUAUUAAGGGGGCUGCACGCCCCGGUGAGUCACCGCGGCCAGCAGCAGUUAGCACCGCUAGGCGUGUGGUGAGGGCCUUGGAGAACGGACCAGCAGCUCUGUGGGCUGAGGAGGAAUCUGCACGGGUGGGUGCCUACGAGGAGGAGAAUGAACUGAGUUCACAUCAGGUCACUGAUCGAGAGUUAGUGCUUCAGCCGUGGGCAUCAGGACAACCCUCCUUCAGCGCUGAAGUGCACCGUCUCACCCAGUUGAUCACUACACCAGAGGUGAACUGUUCCAGAUGGCUGGGUUCAGAUGGGUCUUGGCCUGUGGAGGAAGGUUUAGAGACUCUGUGUAUGAACUACUGGACAAGGGCCAAUACUUGUGUGGCUUACUCCUUCAGUCUGGACAGAAAGGAUGCUGUGUUUCUGGACUCCAUGUUAAGCAUAGGAUGUGAGGUGCAUCGCUUUGACCCCAGCAGACAGCUCAGGCAGUCUGGUGAUUAUGGAUUAGGAUCCAUCCAGCAUCAUCAGGCUUGGUUGGAUUGGAGACGCCCCCGCGGUCACCCUCACAGAGGGAGGUUGGGUUCUGUGCCUCGCAGACUGGUAGACAUCAUGGACUCUCUGGGUCACAGAACGGUGGAUGUUCUGAGAGCAAAUCUGGAGAGUGCAGAAUGGCGUGUGUUGGAGAGUUGGAUUGAGGAUGGAACUCUCAGAAAGAUCAAUCAGCUCACUUUGACUGUACACCUGCAGUGGGCAGGGUUUGAAGUAGGUGGGGCUGAAGUGGAAGUAGUGCGAUUCUGGUACAGCGUACUGAGCGCGCUCCACAAGUCAGGGUUCCGUCUUGCUCACUCAGCUUAUGGCCAUGGACACGCAGUACUAGGACAUGAACUUCCUGACACACACAGCUCAUACUCACUCAGCUGGGUCAGGACGAGUAAGCAGCUCUAAUCUCUGAAAAUGAAUUGCAAAACACCCCUCAUCAUGCUCUCAUCAAGAGACACUUGAAUCAGCCUCUGAGAUAGACAGAAACUCAUGUGACUCUGCAGCAUGAAACUGUUCCAGAAGCACAUGCUGGUAAAACAUUAGGUGGCCUUUUAGACCCUUGUUCUUAUGUUUUUAUAUUUCAUUUAGUUUUGCUUAUCACAACCACUAAUUUGAAUAUCAACAGAGUGACAGGUCACGGGUCCUCUGACGUCUUUAGAAGUUAAAGGUUUACUGCUGUAGUUAAACGGAACAAAUGUGGAUGUCAUAGAAUUCUUAAAACAGGACUAGGUCACAUUUGGGGAUUUGGAGACCUCUCUGGUGGAAACGGGUAAUUGCACACAAUGUGCAGAGGAACCAUUUGUAUUAUCAGUUGUGCUUCGGACCCCCACGAGCAGAUGAAUCUGAUUAUUGCGAGCAAGUUCAAAGAGUAUUCAAAGAAAGCUCAGUCAAAACUGGGUGCAAGUUGUAUCUUCUGAGGAUGUGAGUGAAUUAUCAUAUGUUCAUCAGUAUAAAUUGAUUUUGCAUCUGAGACCUAAACAUCGAACUGGACCUUCUGUUGCAGCCUACGUGUGUGAUGUUAAAGACAUAUGACAUGGUUUGAAAAAAAGUCUUUAUAUGUUAACUCAUAGCAGUGCACACACACUCACACACCAUAUUUUAGUGUUUUUUGGCCUGACUCCCUAACGCCACUUCUUUCAGUUUUAAUAACAAUAACAAAAAAAACAUACAUAGUGCUGCUUUAAGUGAAGAGAAAAGCAACAGUAACACUUUUUAAAGUUAUACUGCAUAGGAACUUCACAACGCAUGCAUGAGCAUGGAAUAAAAUAGCUAUAAAGGAAUACUUGGCUAUGUGUGACCUGCUUAUGUAGGUAAUUGCAAAAUAACAUAAGAUGUUUUAGAAAAUGAAUGACAUUGUAUUGACAUAAGAGCAUGUAAACUAAAGUGGUGGACAGUUGUUCCAUGUAAGAAUGUUUCUAUGUAACAGUGUUAAGUAAUGGAACUUACAAGGCAGAGACCUAGUUAAGAACACCAUGUAUCAGUGCUGUAUAUUUCCACUUGUGUUAAAGUACAAGAGAUUGAGGUCUUCCAUAGAACGUUCCACAGAACUGAUGUGUGGUGCUCUUAACUAGGCCUCUGCCUUACUAGUUCUGUUACUUGGGAAUGAUGUUGAAAACAAUGUUAAAUGGAACAGAUCUGUCACUUUAAGGCUCCAAAAGUCUAUAUAUAUAUAUAUAUAUUAUAUGGGCAUUUGUCACAACAGAUCUGAUGUCAUCUUGCAAUUUCUGACAUAAGCUGUUUAUAAAUAUGCAAUUAUUGCUUUAUAAAUGUCUUUCAAUGCAUAUGCAUGUCUUAUGUUUCUAUGUAGGUAGCUUUUAAAUUAAAUGCUCACAGAACUACAGACAUUUACUCAAUGUAGACAACAAGCCAGGAUUUCAGGGUAAUUUUAGCAUUUAACAUGUUAUCUAGUUUUAUUCUUUCCGAAGUCUGAUAAAUCAUAAGGAUAAUAUCUUUUCCGAUCAAAACAAUACUCAGCAAGCUCCAGCGGGGAACGCUCAGGGCCUGCUAGACCUGUUGAUUUUCUGCAUCUAAAAAAAAUGUAUGUCUGAUUUGGUUAGAAACAAAUGGGUUACAGCCAAGUGAAUUCUCCCAUUGGUUAUAUUGUGCCAGACAUUAACACUCACACAUACAUAUAUAUGUUUAUUUGAUGUGUGACAUAACAUACUGCAUACAAAGGAAACAGGCAACAUUUGUAGUCAGUACAAUUAAAGGAAAAUGUCUUUUAAAUGUCUGCAUGGUUCAAAUGAGGCAAAGGUUCCUGUCUAAUAAAAGUGUGCAGGCAAAGCACUGUUCAGAACCGCAAACUGUGGAUGUAAUGAUAACAAAGGUCUAAGGUUACACAGAAUGUGUUCAAUUUCUCGACUACCUCUAUUAGCACACCUGAAUAUCUACUCAAAGUUGCACUUCGCUGCGAAUGGAUAUCCUUUAUGAAUUUGUUCUGAGCUAGGCAAGACUGCACGCAAGCAGACCUCUGCAAAUAGAGUACAAAGUGAAUGUUCCAGCUUGGAGUUGUUAGUAUCUCUAUUUACCUGCUUUGGGGUGUUAAGAACAGUUUGAGAAGGCUGUAGCAUGUUAAGUUUUGAAGUUGUCUGAUUAUGGUUCAAACUGGAUGACUGAAUUAACUGAUUUUAGAUCAUUUUAGAUAAUUAAACUGUGGCUCCCUGCUUGCUGAAGAAAACCCUCCUGUAGUGUAAACUGAGGUGAUUUACUGAAAAUGAAGUGACAAAUUGGCUUUUGUAAGUGCACCUACACCCAAACCAGAAUACAGCUGCAAAAUACAAUUGUAAUAAUGUCCCACUUUUCCAACUGGAUCAGCAAUAUGUUUUUGCAAUUAUUUAAGUGCACAAUAGAGCACAAGUGGAGGAUAAAUAUUAAAGCUUCACGGUUGUCAUUGGGAUUGAAAUAGGGAGACUUUCUUUUGUUUGCUCUUUCUGUGUGGUAUGAGGUGCCAUCUAGUGGUGAAGUUUGAGUACACAGGCCUAUUGUACAGUACAUGCAAACAGAGCCAAGUCAAUAGCAGAGUUAUUCUAUUUCUGUGGCCUCUGGUUCACAUUUCUGCUGUGUUCAAAGCUGUUUCCCAUAGGAUUUACCAUGGGAUUUUUGGUAUACACAUUACUGUUGAAGGUCUUUGGACCCAUCUGUCAUUUAUGUCAAUGAAACAAAAACCCAUGUUGAUCACUAUUAUUACCAUGCAAGUUCUUACACCAGUUCUGAUGUACUGAGUGCAAUGUCAGGGGUGAAAGACACUUAAGAUUUUUAUAUACUUGAGUAUUACAUCGAAAAAUGUAUACUCAGGUAUUACUGAAUUAAACGUGUGUACUCUUAUUCAGCAUUGCCCAGAGAAACAUAAUGCAUUCAUCCAAAUUUGCCUUUUCUGAGGAAAAUAUGUGAAAGGAGUGCACCGUGUUGCUGCAGGAUGGAGACUCCAUGUAAUGCAGACAAUAUGAGAAUAUCAAACUAUAAUGUAAAGAUUAUUAUAGUGUUUGAAUGUACCUGUAUCGCCCAGAGUCUGAUGCUUAACAUUAAAGCGACUUUGUCACACAUG